AUGCCUCAAACAGGACUCCGUCCACAUGAGAAGGGCCUUUAUACAUCUCCCGAUCCGACGGUUGCUAGUGGAUAUGGAGCUACUCAAGAUGGAUACAGAGCAAAGCCUGGUGUGGUUCUAGCCGUAUCGAUUCCGAGCGAAACACCACAUGUUAUUACCGGGAGUUACUCUAUAACUGGUCCACAAUCUUUUCAAAAUCGUGCACCAGAGACCAUCACCCAAUUUCCUAUUGCGAGCAAGGCAAAGUCAAAAAAAUUAGCAAAACAACCAACACUCGACACUAUGGGUAAUUUUGAACCGGGAAGUGAUAUUCGGCAAAAACAUCAAGUUAAAUAUACUCACGAAGUGGUAUCAGUUGAAAAAAUCCAUCGCAAUCCUGUGCCAGAGAAAGCGAUCAUCGCAAAAUUUCAGAACAUCAGUCUCAAGAGUGCAAAGCCAGAAAUUAAAAAGAUUCAAAAAAAGAAAAAAAUUACUUCAUCAAACUCGUAG